UUGCGAUUAAAAACAUUUUCUAGUCGAUGGUUGUUGAUGUUGUAAAUAUUCAAGUUUAAGUAAUAAAUUAUGUAUUUUAUUUACUUGUACGGACGUCAUUAAUUUAUUUAUAUACAUAAUAAUAUAAUAUAGUAUAGGUAAUAAGUACAGUAGAAAUAACUAUAACGAGCAUCGCUUAGAACGAGAUACUGCUCACAACAAGCAAAACAUUAGGUCCCGGCACGAGCGCAUAUGAUUGUAUGUUGAAAUAUACGUUUACAACGAGUAUGGUUAUUACGAGUUAUCGGCUAUAACGAGUAAAAUAAAGCUAACUUGACUAACGACCUUCCGGUUACUACGAACAAGUACCUGCAAGAUACGAACUAUUUUCGUAUUUAGGUCGAUUAAUCAUUGACAUAUUAUUAUCUUUAGUUAUGUAGAUAUGGAUUACUUAUUAAUAAUAAACAUUAUUCUUACAAAUUCUGGUGUUUUAAAGUUAAUAAAAUUACAAAUAGCGUCAGUUGUGUGUAGACGUUCCACCAUGUCGUGUCGUCAGUUUACGUUGGACGAAAAAAUCGGUAUAAUCGUGCGUUUAGAAAAUGGUGAGAAAAACAGCGUAAUUACAAAAGAAUUCGGCACCUGUUCGUCGAAAACUUCAACCAUAUGGAAGAACCGGGAUAAGUUGAAAAAUAUGUUUCAAACCACGUCACUUAACGCAAAACGAUUGCGCACUGCACAUCAUAAGGACCUUGAAGAAGCUGCACUAGUAUGGUUCAAACAACAACGGUCAUUGAAUGUGCCUAUAAGUGGUCCUAUUUUGCAAACAAAAAUUGACCAACUGGCUGAAAAAAUGAAAACUGAAAAUGUCGAAUACUCUGCAUCUUGGAUUCAGCGUUUCCGACAGCUACACAACAUUGGUUUCGGCAAGAUCUCAGGUGAGUCAUCUACAGUUAAUACUGAUAUCUGCUUUAACUGGUUGGCUAACGUUUGGCCGUCCCUUCGAGCAGGUUACUGUGAUGAUGAAAUUUAUAAUGCCGAUGAAGCGGGCCUUUUUUUUCAAAUUAACUCCUGAUAAAACU